CGCUCCCUAACCCUUCACGUUCCCCGGCAAGAGAGUUAGCGGCCGUUUGGUCCCUUUCACACGCAAACAAAAUUGGCGCCAUGUCAUCGACUCACCACGGGCUUAUCUGAUUUCUUCUUCUUCACUGCCACAACUGGUAAAGAGUAAAAACCCAACAUUUCUCCUUCUUUCUUAGCAAAUGUGCGGCUAAGGGUUUUUUUUCUUUCUUUCUUUUCAAAGCCGGUUCAUUCUGUUAAACAUCAUGGCAAGUGAAUAUUCCGACGACGGAUCCGGUCAGCAGAGCGAGCGGUGCGGGAUCUACAGUAUGAGCGCCGACGUCAGCGAGUCCGAGAGUUGCAGUAGCUUCUCGUGUCGGCGUCCCGACGGAGAAGGUUGUUCGAGUUCGAUGACGUCAUCCCCGAGGUUAAUGGCUGCCGGAGGGUUCGGCUUUCAGGUGCCGGUGAUUGGCGGGAGGGAUGUCGUGAUUUGGGACGAUGAUGAGAAGAUUGAGAAGCAUCACGCCGAUUUGUCCGGAAUUGAGAUGAUGAAGGAGAGAUUUGCUAAGCUUCUUUUAGGAGAAGACAUGUCGGGAGGUGGGAAAGGAGUGUGUACUGCACUCGCCAUUUCAAAUGCAAUCACGAAUCUCUCCGCUACCGUGUUUGGCGAGUUGUGGAGAUUAAAGCCGUUAGCACCGCCGAAGAAGGCCAUGUGGAGGAGGGAAAUGGAGUGGCUCUUGUGCGUGAGCGAUUCGAUCGUUGAACUUGUACCAUCGAUUCAAAAUUUCCCCGGAGGAGGCACUUAUGAAGUCAUGGUGCCAAGGCCAAGGUCGGAUCUGUAUAUAAACCUCCCCGCCGUCAAGAAGCUCGAUGAGAUUUUGGUCACCAUGCUCGACGGGUUUUGUGAGACGGAGUUUUGGUAUGUUGAUCGUGGGAUAGUUGUGGGCGACGGUGGGGACUGUGUUGCUUAUUCUUCAUCUGUUUCUGGAGGGAGGCCCUCGAUUAGGCAGGAAGAGAAGUGGUGGUUGCCAUGUCCGAAAGUGCCGCCUAAUGGUUUGUCGGAGGACGCGAGGAAGAAGUUGCAACAAUGUAGGGAUAGCACAAAUCAAAUACUGAAGGCAGCCAUGGCGAUUAAUAACAGCGUGCUCGCCGAGAUGGAGAUACCUACUGCUUACUUGGAAACAUUACCAAAGAAUGGAAAAUCUUGUCUGGGAGAUAUUAUCUACCGCUACAUAACAGCGGAUUGUUUCUCGCCUGAAUGUCUCCCCGGUUGCCUUGAUCUGUCAACGGAACAUCAUGCUCUGGAAAUAGUGAACAGGAUCGAGGCAGCAGUACAUGUUUGGAAGCAGAGAGACCAGAGGAAACACAUGAAUCGCAUGAAAGGUAAGCACUCUUCAUGGGGAGGAAAGGUCAGAAGCCUUAUGUCCGACAGUGAAAAGAACAACUUUCUAUCUCGAAGAGCCGAGACCCUCUUACAGAGCUUGAGGGUUCGGUUUCCUGGUCUUCCACAGACAGCAUUGGAUAUGAACAAAAUUCAAUAUAAUAAGGACGUUGGCCAGUCAAUUCUAGAAAGCUACUCAAGGGUGCUGGAGAGUUUGGCCUUCAACAUUAUGGCGAGGAUAGAUGAUGUCUUAUAUGUUGAUGAUGCUAUCAAGCACUGUGCUGCAGCAGAAUCGAAUUCCCUUUUCAGCAGGAGCGGCUUGAGAAGUCGUCCGAUCCAGAGGCAAAUGUCUCCCAGCCCCUUCUCAGUUCAGCACACCCCUAAUGCCUCUCCUUUUGCGACACCAACCUUUUGUUCUUCAACUCCACUUUCCGGAAGUCCAGGAAGGGCAGCUUCCUCUUUGAAGAGAAAUGGUUCUGAGGAAGAACCUGAAUGGAAACACGAAACACCAUAUGCGCCGAGUUUGAGAAGUGUGGUCUAUACAGGUGACCUCAGCGCAAAAAGAGUUUCGGAAAAUGCUCUCGUAACACAGAUUAUAUGAACAGCCGAAAAAGAAGUUAGUUUCAUUGGGUGUUUGACAGGUUAAGAGGUAUGGGCUAAAUCUAGUAUUGUAUUUUCUUGCAUAUUUCUUCCAAUGGUGAGUAACUAGAGACUGACCCGAGGACCGAGUUCGAUGGUUCACACAUGCAUGACUAUGAUGAGUUCGGUAGACUAACUCGCGCUGAAAUUCGUGUUAUUUGAUAUGAAAACCCAAGAGCAAUACAAACUAACUCGAACUAGUUUCAGCAAAGAUCAAACAAAAUAAAAGCAAACAAAA